CGCUCCGGACCUUGGUCUGAAACUUUUUCUUGCGGUCAGGCAGCAGGUAGAUCUUGACGUAGGGGUCUGAGAAGCCAUUGGAGUCCUUGGCCGGGAGGUCCAAGGCCUGCAGGAUCCGCACCACCAGCUGGUCGGAGCCGUAGAGGUACCUCAGGGCGAAGCUGAUGCGGCCGCAGGGCGCCCCCGCGCCGGCCUCUCCGGAACCUGGGGCCCCGCCGCCCCGCCGGCCACCGGGUCCAGUCCCCUGGUACAACUCCGGCUUGAUCUGUCCGAUGAGCUUGGCUUUUUCCUCACCGCCUGGGCACCCAGCACAGCUUCCAGGACACGAAGAGGGAGACACCCAGAAGGACAAUGCCACAGAACGUCACGAUGACCGACAGCAGGCUCACGGAGAUGUCUGGAGAGAGUGAGGACAAAGGAUGCAACACGAGGUGGAACCCCUCUGCUCCUCCACCGUGGGCAACCCCAGCAUGCACAGGGAGGCAGGAGCACUUCUUGUGGACCUAGAGACCCUAGAGGAGACGCAGGCUCGGAGCCUGGGCAGACCUGUUAAAUCCUCGAAGCAGUAUCUGCGCCAGGUCAUUGCAGAAUACGAGGCGCUGGACCGAGAGCUCCCAUACAUCCGCAAGUUCCCCGUGCCACCUGCCGCCCAGCCCCUCUGUCUGUGCAUGGAGACCUCACCCGAAGAGGACCUUACCCACCUGGAGGUGCUGGAGGCGCUGGAGGCCGAGUUCCCCGGGGCCAUGGAGAGCGGGCGUGUGAGCAGCAUCCGCUUUGAAAACAUGAACGUCAUCUGUGGGACUGCCGGGCGCCGGGACCGGUGGCUCAUCACGGUCACGGACUUCCAGACUCGCUCGCGCCUACUGCGCUCGGGGCUCCGCCUCCGCGGGCUCCAGCACCCUCUCGUGCGCCACGACGAACUGCUGCUGGGCGAUUACCGCCUGCACCUGCGCCGCUCCCUGGUCCGACGGCGCAUGCUCGAGGCUCUGGGGGCGGAGCCGACCGAGGAAGACUGACGUUUGGGGGCGGGCCCCGGCUGCGCCUGCGCACCGCCCAGCGGGGCUCAGGCGACCCACCCGGAACCCCGAAGGAAAGGGGCGUUGCCUUCCCAGGAAGGAGGCGGGGUCGGCUCGAGGGGGUGGAUACUGUGAGUUUAAUUAUAAAGAAUGACCUGGUACAAAA